GCAGUGUUGAUUGAAGUAUUACUUUAAUCGACAGCUUACGUUACGGGUUGCUAUUUUUGGCGUAUGACCAAUUUUAAGGAAGUAUAGUGGACGUCAUGGAAACAAUUAUCGGGCGUAAUAUACGGCCGUACGCCGCUUAGUGCAAGCCCUGAUUAAUAUCAACAAAUACAGAUCUCACUUGGAAGGAUGAUUUAUCUAUCUAUCUUUUACACGUGACCGUGAGGAUGAAAAUUACGCAACCAUAGACCUAAGGUCAACGUAACGUCAACCUAACGUCAUGAGAACAUCAGAGGACGUUGACAGAGGAUGGGCGUGGGUGGUCGCCGCGUGCUCCUUCCUGAUUCACGUCAUGACGUACGGGCUUGCAUGGAGCACAGGCGUCUACAACGUCAUUUUCCUUGAAGCAUUUGGUCAGCCAAAGUCAGUGACGGCGUGGGCAGGGUCGCUCCCGACGGCGAUGAUGUACGCAGCCGGUCCUGUCGCCAGUGUGCUGACCAACAAGUUCGGGUUCCGCCCUGUGAUCAUGGUGGGUGGGGUACUGGCCAGUGCGGGGUUGUGCCUCAGCUACUUUGCGACCAGCUUGUACUACCUCUUCUUCACAUUGGUUUCAGGUGUUGGAUUGGGGAGCGUCUACAUUCCAGCCAUAUCUGCUAUAUCAUUCUACUUUAACGAGCGUCUGCCGCUCGCUUCAGGUAUUGCGGCUUCCGGUGUGGGCGUCGGGAACUUUCUGUAUCCGCCAGUCAUUCGGUGGCUCGUGAUAACAUUCGACUGGAAAUCCAGUUUUCUUGUUCUCGGUGGAUUGACGCUAAAUAUAUGCGUACUAGGCGCUUUGAUCCGCCCUGUGAAGAGAAUGGAUAUACCAGAGAAACAACCUGUUUUAGACUUUACUUCCGUUUAAAAAACGCGGCUAUGUGAUGCUUUGCGUCAACGUGUUUCUCUUCUGCUGUGGAAUCUCAGCAUUAUACAUUCACCUGUUUCGCAUGCCGAGCAAAUUGCAAUGGGCACCGAUCGCAGUGCAUGGCUCAUUUCCGGUUUGGGCAUUGCGAAUCUCAUUGGACGCCUUUUAUACGGUGCGAUUGUACAACAGCCAGCCAUGAAUCCAUUCUUGCUCUACGCUGGCUCGUUCGGAUUAGCUGGCGUUUGCAUCUGCCUCGUUCCUUUCAUGACGACUUACUGGUCUCUCAUGACGGUCGCCGUCUGUUUCGGGUUGAUGUCCGGCUGCUUUGGUACCCUGCUUGUUCCCAUUCUGAUCCGGCUCCUGGGACUCCAGAGGUUCGCCAACGGCUACGGAUGUCUGCUGCUUUUCAUGGCCGGUGGUCAGCUGAUCGGAGCUUUUAUUGCAGGUGCGAUGUACGACAUCACGAACACUUACACGUGGGCUUUCGUUCUGGGUGGAUCACUAUCUAUUCUGAGCGCAAGUAAUCAUGGUACAGCCGUAUUGUUAUGUCAAGAACCACGAACAACAUGUGGAAACCUUGAAUUAUCAAGAAACGACUCACUUGCCGAUUCCAUAGAUUUGCCACGGAGUAGGUUUCCUUCCCAUAGAGCUAUUCGUGCCACAAGCGGUAUCGUUGGAAAGCUUGGUUGGAGCCAAACGAGCGCUUGAGCUGCAAAGAUCUAGACUGUCUCUGAAUAUACAGGACACUCAAACAAAGAAGAUGAAAAUGAAAGACAUAAAUACCACUAAGUUGGCCAAAAAUGAUAACAAACCAGUUAAUAUGCAACUUAUGGCUGUUCAAUUGUCCGCCUCGACGAAAACAAUAUGAUCAAGUGUCCAGUCAUACGGGGUGAAUAAAGCAGCAAUAUGAUCAAGUGUCCAGUCAUACGGGGUGAAUAAAGCAGUUGGUGAAUCAUAGUCCCACUACAUUUCGCUGAAAUUAUUUGUGAUUUGAUCUCAAUAAUAUACACAGCAUUGACUGUCUUCUAUAAUUAUUCAGGGAAUCAUUUUACGUGUUUAUUCUUUAAUAUCUACAUGUUUGUUUGAUAUUUGUUUUUAGGGACUCUUGUAAUGCUUAUUUUAAUACUCAGUCUGCUUGCUCUUACCUGAGUCAAGUAUGGCACUAUUAACCCAUUCAUGCCUACAGCGUCUAGAAAAAAAGGCCUUUGCAAACAGCGUAUACCCAGAUGAGACGCCGCAUGAUGCUGCGUCUAAUCAGGGUCUGCGCUGUUUGCUUAAAGGAAUUUCUGUACGAAAUAUUCUAAAUAUAGAACUAAAAAUACUAGACAUCCCUAAUAUUGGAAAUAAAUUGAUCCAAUUUAGUAGGAUGGGAGAGUCCACUAGGCAUAAAUGGGUUAAAAACCGCAUAUUUCGUCACAAACUCGUUGAGUCGUAUAUAUGACGCGCAACAAAAUGGUAAAACUAUUCAUGUCUAAAAUACUGAUCUAUUUGAACCCAUUUAUUCAUAGUGGACUCCCACAUCCUUCUAAAUGUAAGAUCAAUGGAUCAAUUUAUUUCCAAAUUAUGCAUUUCUAGUACAUUUAUUUCUAUAUUUAGAAUAUUUAUUACAGAAAUUCCUUUUAGCAAACAGCUUAGACCCUGAUGAGACGCCGCAUGAUGCGGCGUCUCAUCUGAGUCUACGCUGUUUGCCAAGGCCUUUUUUUAUAGAGCUAGACAUAAAUGGAUUAAAAUCGUAUAAUCAGCCGUA